GUCCACUGACCGGCGUUGUCGUGAUAAGUCAUUGAAAUAGUGCACAGACGAAGACCAGCGGAUACCGCGUUCAUCUUCAUACAUCAUUUCGAUAUAGAUAAGAAAAACACUAUACCUUACCGUUAUCUCUCGAAUAGAACAGUUCCAUCGACUAGCUUGACAGGAUUGAAAUGUUACAUUUUAGGUAUACGUUAGUGCUGAAGGAGUUGUUUAAAUCCAACCGCUCACGACCUUUUUCAGGUAUAGAUAGAAAUAAGACGUCACUAACCGCCUCUUACUGCUUCAGCACCGCCUGUGGCAAUGUCAAAUUGGGGUCCAAUCUAAAGUCCCUCCGUGUUGGGGGACAGCUACCGGCGCGGUCCAUCACACAUGGGGCGAGAUACCUGUGCACGAAGACAGAUGCCGGUUCAGUUACUGCGACUGAGAAUUCGAAAAAUGUCAGCAAAGAAGCUGCCGCAGAAAAGAGAAGGAAGGCAGGUAUCCUGCCCAGCCUGGAGGACCUGCUCUUCUACACCAUCGCAGAGGGCCAGGACAAGAUCCCCGCACACAAGUUCACCACGGCACUGAAAGCCACAGGCCUAUGGACUGGCGACCCCAGACUGAAAGAAUGUAUGGAGAUGCUGAAGACGACGCUCAAGACCACUUCAGAUGGCGCUCUGGACCGCCACCUCUUCAAGAAGUGUGUCCAGAGCAACAUAGUGCUGCUCACCCAGGCUUUCCGGAAGAAGUUUGUCAUCCCCGACUUCCAGUCCUUCACCUCCCACAUCACCGACAUUUACGAGACGGCCAGGAUGCGGUCCGGGGGCUCGGUGGCGGACUACAUCCCUCAGCUGGCCAAGUUCAGCCCUGACCUGUGGGGGGUGGCCCUGUGCACCGUGGAUGGACAGAGAUUUACGGUGGGUGACACCAAGGUCCCGUUCUGUCUGCAGUCGUGUGUGAAGCCUCUGAAGUACGCCAUCGCCGUGCACGACCACGGCACAGAGUACGUGCACCGCUUCAUCGGCAAGGAGCCUAGCGGCCUGCGCUUCAACAAGCUCUUCCUCAACGAUGACGAUAAGCCCCACAAUCCUAUGGUUAAUGCCGGAGCUAUCGUCUGCACCUCCCUCAUCAAGCAAGGAGCAGGCAACGCAGAGAAGUUUGACUAUGUCAUGAACUUCAUGAAUAAAUUGGCAGGAAAUGAGUAUGUGGGAUUUAGCAAUGCAACGUUCCAGUCGGAGCGCUUGUCAGGAGACAGGAACUUUGCCAUCGGCUAUUACUUGAAGGAGAAGAAGUGUUUCCCAGAAGGGACCGACAUGACCGCCAUCCUGGACUUUUACUUCCAGCUGUGCUCAAUCGAGGUGACGUGCGAGAGCGCCAGUGUCAUGGCUGCCACGUUGGCCAACGGCGGCUUCUGUCCAAUCACAGGCGAGCGUGUGCUGAACCCCGAAGCUGUGCGGAACACCCUGAGUCUCAUGCACUCCUGCGGCAUGUACGACUUCUCUGGACAGUUCGCCUUCCACGUGGGCUUGCCGGCUAAGUCUGGAGUGGCAGGAGGCAUUCUGCUGGUGGUGCCCAACGUGAUGGGCAUCAUGUGCUGGUCGCCGCCUCUGGACAAGCUGGGCAACAGCGUGCGUGGAAUCCAGUUCUGUACGGACCUGCUGCAGCUCUGUAACUUCCACAACUAUGACAACCUGAGGCACUUCGCCAAGAAGCUGGACCCACGGAGAGAAGGGGGCGACCAGAGGGUGAAGUCUGUGAUCAACCUGCUGUUUGCUGCCUACACCGGGGACGUGUCUGCGCUGAGAAGGUUUGCGCUCUCAUCCAUGGACAUGGAGCAAAGGGACUAUGACUCCAGGACUGCGCUUCAUGUGGCCGCAGCUGAAGGACAUGCCGAAGUGGUGAAGUUUCUGCUGGAGGCAUGCAAGGUGAACCCCGUGCCCAAAGACAGGUGGGGCAACACACCCAGUGACGAGGCUACGCACUUUGGUCACCAUGACGUCGUGACGAUCCUGCAGGACUACGUUACCAAGUACCCAGUACCUGCGGAGGAAACGCCAGACAAGGAGACCGCCGAGAAAAACCUGGACGGACUGCUGUAGAAGCACUACUCACCCCUACCUAUCCCGACUCCCUCGCCAACCCCUGACUAUUUAAGCCGUUUGUGUGUGUGUGUGUGUGUGUGUGUGUGUGUGUGUGUGUGUGUGAGUGUGUGUGUGUGAGUGUUUGCAUGAGUGAGGCUCCCCCAUCAACUCACCAGUUGAGUAGAAGGGGCUGGUGUAUCAUUGAGCGUUGAAACUUUGUACAAGUUAUUGUAUUUUUAAAAUGAGGAAGAAAAAAAAGAAUCUAAAUAUUUUAUAGCUGCGUUUGUUUACCUGUUCAUGGUUUGGUUGUGAUAUUUUCCCACCUGGCUUUAUUUGUCUGCCCGUUCGUUUGUUCGUUUGUUUGUUUUUUCUGUGUUUAGUUUUUAGUCUCACACACACUAAUUCCAGAUGGCAGAGGCCUGCGGGACGGGUCCGGCGCUGGUCUGGUACGGAUCUGGUCCGAGACCGCGGCGGUCCGUUCCCUCGUCGUCUCCUGUCUGUCGUAGCGUUUUCUCCAUUGUGACCACUGUGUGGAAUAUGUACUCCACACGACGCGUACGUACACAUGUUCCUCUAUGUAAUAGUGAUGAAAACAUAUAGAAGGUAUAGAAAUAUAUGUGUAUAAAUAUAUGGAAAUACAAAUGUGUAUAUUCAUGUACUGUUAAGAUGUCACACACACACACACACACACACACACACACACACACACUAGUGUAGUGUCCUCUAGAUUACUGCUAGAGCCGCGGAGUGAGGAUGUAGUAUAAACAGAGAUUUUAUGAGAGGAGCAAGCCUUUGGGCAGCUUGUGUUUUGCAGGACAUGAUGGUUUAUGUACAGGAUGAGAUGCUCCGCUGAAGAAGCUGCCUGCUUUCCACCAGUAUCAACUCUUACUGGGGCGGGGAAGAGGUGUCUUUCAGCUUUAUCUAGUAGCGUAAAAUAUCACUUCAGUAGGUAUAUCGCAACUCUCUUGCCUUUCUUGUUUUUUUUUCUUUAUUUAUUUAUUUAUUUAUUUUUCUUUCAGGAUCUUAACUCCAAAAUGGAAUUGAUUGUUUGAAGAUAUUUGCACUUUUUUUUGUUGUCGUUUGUUAAUGUGAGUGUGUAAGUGUAAGGGCCAGUCGUAGCGAAGAUGGUUGGGUGGUUGCAAGGACUAGUGGCUGAUUGACCUGGUCACCAGAACAAGUAAAAAAUGGAACCAAAAACCCCAAAAUGAUGCUCAAGUCUUAAAACCUCAAUCAGUAGCAAUUCCAGGAAGACAGUAAUUACCAGUAAUGAAUCUCCAUUUCGGUGUGGUGUCCUGUUAUUUACUUUUCAAAGAUGGACACCAGAAAAUACUUGAAAGCAAUUAACAGAGAUGCAUCAAGAACGAUGGCAAAGAGAAGUAAACCAAAAGACGACCUUAAAAUGCAUUUUUAUUGCAGCUCGGAAGUCAAGAGAGUACAUUAUAACAUGAUUUUUAAGUACUUUUUGUCAAAGUACAACUAAAACACAACAAAAACAGUCUUCGCUGGAAGUGUUACUCAGUGUUAAACUGCACAGGACCAGUUGGAUCUAAAUUGCUGAUUAUUGUUAUUCUUCACCAGAGGGCCUGAGGCACAUAGCUGGCGUGACCUGGUGUAGGGCAAGCACACUGAUUGUUUUUACUGUACAAAAUGUUUGUUGUAAAACACACUCAUCACCACUUGACAUGUUCUGCUGUUAUCUUGUGAUGAAGUAACUGUUCGCACCUCUGUCUGACUGUGUGUGUGUGUGUGUGUGUGUAAAGUUGUGUGAGUGUGGUAAUAGAUUUCGUUCAGGUGUUGGCAUAUAUACGGCGCGGUGAGAGACAAACAUAUACGUACAUAAACAUUGGGCAAAAUAUCAGAAAAACC